AAAGGGGCCACGGAGCUGGUCAGUGUGCGCGCGACACCCAUUUGCAAAAGGAGCGGAAGCUCACGAGCCUAAAUUAGCGGCGGCGAGGUGAAGCUGCGAGGUUCCGAUGCGUGCAUCUGCCCAGGCGGCGCUCCAGGAGGGGGUAUGAUCACAUCGGAAAAUAAGACAAUAGAGGCUGCGUAGCACCAGGCAGUGAAAUACAGCUAAACUGCCGUCUGACAUUUUUUUUUUCUUCAUCAGUACUUCUACUUUUUUUAAGGUAGAUAAAUUACUCAAGCGAACUGGCUGAUCAUCCCGUGUGAUCCGCUAGGCGCGGGUGACCUUAUGUGGAUCUGCUCAAAAUAUGAGCCAUCACUCCGUUAUCUUCUGGGGAAAAGUUUUGAUCUCCAUCGCCUGCUGCUUUCCACUCUCUGCGGCCCUGCAAUGUCUGGGGGUCAGGAACCCAUGCGAGAACAAUGGCACCUGCAUUCCCUACAGCAACGGCACAGGAUACUGCAGGUGUGAGCCUGGCUUCCGGGGUGAAUCCUGUAAAGACAGCGACCCCUGUCCCUGCCGCAAUGGGGGCACCUGCAAUUCCACCAAGAUUCGAGGCACACCGUCCUGCUCUUGCCCCUCGGGCUACUUAGGUCUGUUGUGCAACCAAAUCGACGAGUGUGUGACCCAGCCCUGCCAGAAUGGCGGGACGUGUAGCACUGACCACACUGGCAAGUUCUCCUGCAACUGCCGCCACACUGGCUAUAAGGGUGACAAGUGCAGUGAGGACAUCGACGAGUGCGACCUCGGCGAGAACCCCUGUGAACGCAAUGGCAGCUGUCGAAACACAGUUGGCUCCUACAUCUGCGAAUGCCAAAAGGGCUACGGGGGCCCACGCUGCAAUAAGGGCCUGGAUCACUGUGCCUCUUCGCCUUGCCUUAAUGGUGCCACCUGCCUGGGCCUGAGCGGCAGUUUCCAAUGCCUCUGCAUGCCAGGGUUCACGGGCGAGCUCUGCCAGCAGGAUGACGGAAGCCAGGACCAGGUCAACGGCAGCAACUGCCCCCCAGGGGGGUCCUGCGAGUUCAUGGAUGAUCCCUGUUCAUCGAACCCCUGCCACAAUGGGGGCAUCUGCUCCAGGAACUCCAGCGCAAUGCACGGCUUCACCUGCACAUGCAAACGCGGUUACUUGGCUCCCGACUGCGGCCAGGUGGAUGGUACGAUGUCUCCGGGCAGCGAUGAGAAUGGCCACGUGCCAGAACGGAAGGCUUGGCAUGGCUGCCCCGCCGAGUUGCGUUGCUGGGAGCGGUUUAACAAUAAAAAAUGCGACAACGAAUGCAACACUGCCGCAUGCCUGUUCGACAACUUCGAUUGCAAGCCUAAGAGCUCCUGCAGUUACAACAUCUACUGCACUGAUCACUAUGGCGACGGCUUCUGCGAUAAUGGCUGCAACACAGCGGACUGUGGUUGGGACGGCCUGGACUGCACUGGUGGCAGCGGGCCGCGGCUGGCUGGCGGAACCCUGGUGCUGGAGCUGCAGGUGCCGCCAGAGGAGCUGCGGAAGCGUUUGCGGGGCCUCCUGCGACAGCUGGGCCUGAUCCUGCACACCAACCUGCGCGUGCAGCAUGACGAUGACGGCGUCGGACUACGGGUGCUGCCGAUCUACGGCCCUAGAGCUCAGGGGAAGGGGGCUAAUGGUUCCAAGGUGUUCCUGGAGAUCGAUAACCGCCAAUGUGCCACCAAGGCCGACAGCAGAUGUUUUUCCACCGCCGAGCAGGCUGCCGCGUUCCUCACCGCGGUACACUGGGAACCGCCACUGGACUUACCGCUGCUGUCCUUCAGGAGCGAGCCGGAGAUCAAGGCACUGGAACACACCAAUAUGCUCUACCUGAUUGCCUUGGUAGUGGGGCCAGUCCUGUUCAUCCUGGUGGUGCUUGUUGCCAAGCAGAAGCGUAAACACACCACUCUGUGGCUUCCUGAGGGGUUCCUGAUCAACAACCAACGGCGUCGUGAGCCUGUGGGUCAGGACAACAUGGACCUGGAAGACAUAAAGCCUGGAGGAUCCAGCCCGAUGAGCACAGACCUGAACCAGCGGUGGGUCCACGAGGAAACACAAGUCAAAAAGAUAAAGGUAGAGGACGUCUCCCUGCUGCUGGCUGAGGAGGGCGCGCCGGGGCCUGACCUCCGAGAAUGGGCCCCCCAGCACCACAGGGCGGCUGACCUCACACUCACGCCCCCCCAGGCUGAGAUGGACAGCCUGGACGUGAAUAUCCGAGGCCCUGAUGGUCUCACGCCGCUGAUGCUGGCCUCGGUGUGUCAUGGGGGGAUGGUGGACAGUGAGAACCUGCCGGAGGAGGCCGAGGGGGAGGAGGAGGAGGAGGAGCAGGAGGCGAGGCCCAACAUCAUCACGGACUUGGUGGCCCUGGGCGCCACACUGCAGGCGCAGACGGACGGCCUGGGCGAGACGGCGCUGCACCUGGCCGCCCGCUACGCCCGCGCCGACGCCACCAAGCGGCUGCUGGACGCCGGCGCGGAUGCCAACGCUCAGGACCGCAUGGGCCGCACGCCACUCCACGCCGCCGUGGCUGCCGACGCGCAGGGCGUCUUCCAGAUCCUGAUUCGGAACCGGGCUACGGACCUGAACGCACGCAUGGAUGAUGGCACCACGCCCCUCAUCCUGGCGGCACGACUGGCCGUGGAGGGCAUGGUGGAACAGCUGGCGCACUGUCACGCUGACGUCAACGCCGUGGACGCCCAUGGCAAGUCAGCUCUCCACUGGGCAGCAGCAGUGAACAACGUGGAGGCUGUCCUCAUACUGGUGAAAAAUGGUGCCAAUCGAGACCUGCAGGACCUGAAGGAGAAGACGCCCUUGUUCCUGGCGGCCCGGGAGGGCAGCUUCGAUGCGGCCCGUGUGCUGUUGGACCACUGCUGCAGCAGGGACAUCACGGACCACCUGGAUCAGCUGCCCCGCGACGUGGCGCGCGAGCGCAUGCACCACGACAUCGUGCAGCUGCUCGACCACUACAACCUGGCCCCAGGUGCCGAGCGGCCGGUGGGACGCGGCUUGGCCCCUGCCCCAACGGUCUGUGGUGGCGGCGCGCAGGGCAAGAAGGGCAGGCGGGUCGGCAACAGCAGAACGGUGGGGGAGGAGAUGAAGACCAAGCACAGAAAGAAGCCAUGUUCGGGGGCAGGAGUAUCCCUAGCGGUGGCAAGAAGAGCAGGAGCUCAUUGCCCCGCAGUGGCAGAGAGGGCAACUGGGGGUAGCUCUCCCGUCAAUUGCCUGGAGUCCCCACACACUGUGACCAGGGUCACAGCCACCUCGCCGUUGUUGGUAACCACGCCCCCUGUGCACAUGCCCCUCCUACCUCCUGUCACUCACAUGCUGGGGCAGCAGCAGCAGGCUUGGAAAGAGCAGACCAAGCCCAACUUCCAGCCACACAUGUGCAGGCUGCUCGGGGGUCAGCUGGAUACUCCCUGUCCAGAGCAGUACUCCUCCAUGGACGUCCCUCUGGCCCGUGAGCCGCUGCUGCCGAUCUUGGCCUUUCAGUUGCCUCGGGGGAGCACCGGCAGUCUGCUGGAUCAGGGGCGGGCCGAGGCUUUGUCCCGCCCCCAGCCGGGGGCUCCCCGUGCCUGUUUUGCACAGGGCCAGACAUUCCCGCAGUCUGUCAUGAUGGGAGUACCUCAGCCUCUUCCACACCCCCUCCCCUUUAGCGACGGCCCUGGCGAAGCCCCCGCCCCUCGACCCCAACACGAGAGCCCCGUGGACAAGUACCCCACUCCUCCCUCUCAGCGGAGCUACACCACAACCGGCCUGGAGGGGUCCACGCCCGCCCCACAUCCCCCCCAUCCCACCAAGCACCCUUAUCUCACACCCUCUCCAGAAUCCCCUGACCCCUGGUCCUCCUCUUCCUCGCCCUCUCCUCACUCGGCUUCUGACUGGUCUGAUGUCACCAACAGCCCCGUUCCCCGCCACGCCAACGCACUCCGGGGGGGGGCCCUGCCAGCCCGGCAGCCACACCCCCAGGAGUAUUCCUGCAGCAGCAUGCAGGGACACCCUUAGACAAACCGUCUCCUCUCGUCCCUCCUCUGCCUCCGUCUGCUUUCCAGCCACAUUCCCCACAAACCCUAAUCCCCCCCCCCAUUAACCACUUUGCCUUGUUGUUACGUUCCUUGCUUCCCGCUACCUCUGCUUCCUCCCUCCUUUUUGCGUGUCAGGUCAUAAUAUACACAAGUAUUGAAGUGUCCAUGCACCAGAAGCUGUGCUUUAGUGUUGCUCAGUUCCACAAGCUACAUAACCACUAAAUAAAGCACUAAAUGAGCUCAUUGCUUUUAAAAUGGCCAAGUAUCAAUGUAAUUUCUGACCGGCACGUGAUUAGUUGAGGCCUAGUUUUGAUGAAAAGCUAUGGGGUUUUCCCUAAUGAUCAUCCCUUACUUGCAGAGUAAAUAAAAAGAGCUAAUAGGGUAAGCUGAAAUGAUUAAGAAAAAUGUUUCCUCAAAGAAGAACAAGAGACCUUUCCACUGGGUGGACCUUCAAAGUUAUGAAAAUAAAGAAGUCAUAUGACAAAGGCAGUUUGGAUCCCGAUACGGUUUGCUUGGUAGUCUUUUUUGGGAACAUAGUUGCGAAUGUUAAUUUUAGAAUCUAACUGAAUGUCAGUAUUAGUGGAUCUGAGGUUGCUGUCAUGUGAUUUCAAAAUAUAUUUUUGCAUUGUAAUUAAUAUUUUAACUUUGCAUAGGUACUUUUUUGUAUUUUGUGGAUCUGUAAAUAUCAGGCGGUGUAUUUCCUAUAAUAUUGUUGAGCAAGUUGUAAAUAUGCCCUCCAGUUUGUAAGUACUUGUGAUGGCCAAAAGAAGCCUCAUGAACCAUUUGCUGUAUUUUUUACUCCACUAGAUGGUGCUCUUGGGUUACUUUAGAACAGGGGUGGCUAAUCUUAUCCGCAAAGGGCCGGUGUGUAUGUUCAAACCCAGGUGU